AUGUCUCCAGCUUCGGUCCAUGAAAGCCAUGAUGUGAAAGCCGAUAUCAACUACUGGCCUCCAGAUGGCGAAGGGGAGGAACUGGUCGAAGGAAAGAUCAAGGCGCGGUACCUUGGGACUGGAGACGAGUACACGCGCAAGAUGCCUAUCAUAGACAUUCGAGGUCGCGAGGAUGAAUUCACAUGGGAGGAAAACGGCUUCCAAAUUGCAACUAUUCCCAAGCGCGAGCGCCACGAAUUUGACAAGAAAUGGACCGAGGAGGUGUAUUAUUCCGAGGUUGCAGAUGUCCUGAAGAACAUCACGGGCGCGAAACACGUCUUCGUCAUGAACCAUGUUUGUCGGGCAGCGCCAGACACUACAAACGAGACCAAGCCUGACGGGGAGAAUCCCGUCGCGAACGGGCCUUCCGCCAAUGCGCACGCCGACUUCUGCAUCGACGACAAUUACAUGAACACGAUGCGAGAGCUUUCGUCAGCUCGUCUUAGCCCCGAGGAGAAAGACAUCCUGCUCAAGGCGCGCAGAUGGGGUGUAUUUAACACCUGGAAGCCCGUCAAGACAGUUCAUCGCGACCCUCUUGCAAUGUGUGACUGCCGGACUGUUCAAGCGGCUGACAUGCGGUUGAAAAAGCGAGAGUUAUUUCCGGGCAAGUUCAUAGCCUCGACUUACUUCUCGCACCCUCAAAAGGAGGACACACACCAGUGGUACUACCUGUAUGAGCAGAAGCCUGAAGAGAUGUGGAUCUUUCGUGGCUAUGAUUCGGACAGUUCGAGGCCUCGUUUUCCAACGGGGCACACGGCCAUUAGAACCCCGGAGGUGGGACUAGAAGAGAUCCCAGCAAGGGAGAGUAUCGAGGCUCGCGCAAUCGUUGUGUGGGAGUAA